ACCACCAUGGGCUUCGCCAGACAGACACAGCUUUUGCUCUGGAAGAACUGGACCCUGCGAAAAAGGCAAAAGAUUCGCUUUGUGGUGGAACUCGUGUGGCCUUUAUCUCUGUUUUUCAUCUUGAUCUGGCUAAGGAACGCCAACCCACUCUACAGCCAGCAUGAAUGCCAUUUUCCGAACAAGGCGAUGCCCUCGGCGGGAUUGUUGCCCUGGCUCCAGGGGGUUUUCUGCAACGUGAACAAUCCUUGUUUUCAAAGCCCCACCCCGGGAGAAUCUCCUGGAAUUGUGUCGAACUAUAACAACUCCAUCUUGGCAAGAGUGUACCGAGAUUUUCAAGAGCUUUUCAUGGACACACCAGAGAGCCGGCACCUUGUCCAGGUCUGGACAGAGCUCCGCACCUUGUCCCAGCUCAUGAAUGCCCUGCAGACUCAUCCCGAGAGAUUUGCAGGAAGGGGACUACAAAUUCAGGAUAUCCUAAAAGAUGACGAGACACUGACACUGUUUCUCACGAAGAACAUUGGCCUGUCCAGCUCAGUUGCCCACCUUCUGGUCAGCUCCCAAGUCCGUGUGGAGCAGUUUGCUCAUGGAGUCCCAGACCUGGCUCUGAAGGACAUUGCCUGCAGCCAGCCACUCCUGGACCGCUUCAUCAUCUUCAGCCAGCGUCGCGGGGCACAGACUGUGCGUGGUGCCUUGUGCUCCCUCUCCCCGGGCAUCCUGCAGUGGAUGGAAGAUACUCUGUAUGCCAACGUGGACUUCUUCAAGCUCUUCCACGUGCUUCCUACCAUCCUAGACAGCAGUUCUCAAGGUAUCAAUCUGAGAUCCUGGGGAAGAGCAUUAUCUGAUAUGUUGCCUAGGAUUCAAGAGUUUAUCCAUCGGUCAAGUGUUCAAGAUCUGCUGUGGGUGACCAGACCUAUCCUGCAGAAGAAUGGUCCCGAGACCUUCACGCAGCUGUCGGGCAUCCUGUCUGACCUCCUGUGCGGCUACCCAGAGGGAGGGGGUUCUAGGGUGUUCUCCUUCAACUGGUACGAAGACAAUAACUAUAAGGCCUUCCUGGGGAUUGACUCCACAAGGAAAGAUCCUAUCUACACUUAUGACAAAAGAACAACACCCUUCUGCAAUGCAUUGAUCCAGAGCCUGGAGUCAAACCCUCUAACCAAAAUAGCAUGGAUGGCAGCAAAGCCUUUGCUGAUGGGAAAAAUCCUCUUCACUCCUGACUCCCCUGCCGUGCAAAGGGUCCUGAAGAAUGCCAAUUCAACUUUUGAAGAGCUGGCGCGCCUCAGAAAGCUGAUUGGAGUCUGGGGAGAAGUGGGCCCCCAGAUCUGGUCCUUCUUUGACAAGAGCACACAGAUAACCAUGAUCAGGGAUACCCUGGAGCACCCAACAGUAAAAGACUUCAUGAAUAGACAGCUUGGCGAAGAAGGCGUUUCUGCUGAAGCCAUUCGAAACUUCCUCUCCAAGGGUCCCCGAGAGAGCCAGGGUGACGACAUGAUCAACUUUGACUGGAGGGACAUGUUCAACCUCACAGACCGCUCCCUACGCCUGGCUAGUCAAUACCUUGAGUGCCUGGUCCUGGACAAGUUCGAGAGCUAUGAUGACGAAGAGCAACUCACCCAACGAGCUCUGUCUCUGCUGGAGGAAAACAGGUUCUGGGCCGGUGUGGUGUUUCCCGACAUGUAUCCCUGGACCAGCGCCCUACCACGCCACGUGAAGUACAAGAUCCGGAUGGACAUAGACGUGGUGGAGAAAACCAAUAAGAUCAAGGACAGAUACUGGGAUUCUGGUCCCAGGGCAGACCCCGUGGAAGACCUCCGGUACAUCUGGGGAGGCUUUGCCUAUCUGCAGGACAUGGUCGAGCUGGGCAUCACGAGGAGUCAGGCCCAGGCAAAAACUCCGGUUGGAGUCUACCUCCAGCAGAUGCCCUACCCCUGCUUCGUGGAUGACUCUUUCAUGAUCAUCCUGAACCGCUGUUUCCCUAUCUUCAUGGUGCUGGCAUGGAUCUACUCUGUCUCCAUGAUCGUGAAGGGCAUUGUCUUGGAAAAGGAGUUAAGGCUGAAGGAGACCUUGAAAAAUCAUGGCGUCUCUAACGCAGUGAUCUGGUGCACCUGGUUCCUAGAUAGCUUCUCCAUCAUGGCCGUGAGCAUCUUCCUCCUGACUAUAUUCAUCAUGCACGGGAGGAUCCUGCAUUACAGCGACCCUCUCAUCCUCUUCCUCUUCCUGUUGGCGUUCUCCACGGCCACCAUCACGCAGUGCUUCCUGCUCAGCACUUUCUUCUCCAAGGCCAGCCUGGCCGCAGCCUGCAGUGGAGUCAUCUACUUCACUCUCUACCUGCCACAUGUCCUGUGCUUUGCCUGGCAGGACCGAAUGACGGCUGAUCUGAAGAAAGCAGUGAGCCUCCUGUCCCCUGUGGCCUUUGGGUUUGGCACUGAAUACCUGGUCCGCUUCGAGGAGCAAGGCCUGGGGCUGCAAUGGGACAGCAUUGCCAGCAGCCCCAUGGAAGGGGACGAGUUCAGCUUCCUGCUGUCCAUCAAGAUGAUGCUUCUGGAUGCUGCUCUGUACGGCCUGCUUGCCUGGUACCUUGACCAGGUAUUUCCAGGAGACUAUGGAACUCCACUUCCUUGGUACUUCCUUCUCCAAGAGUCUUACUGGCUUGGUGGUGAAGGGUGUUCGACCAGAGAAGAGAGGGCCCUGGAAAAGACAGAACCCCUGACAGAGGAAAUGGAGGAUCCAGAGCACCCAGGGGGAACAAAUGACUCUUUCUUCGAACGUGAGCUUCCGGGGCUGGUUCCUGGGGUGUGUGUGAAGAACCUGGUGAAGAUUUUUGAGCCCGGUAGCCGGCCAGCCGUGGACCAUCUGAACAUCACCUUCUACGAGAACCAGAUCACUGCAUUUCUCGGUCACAAUGGGGCGGGGAAAACCACCACCUUGUCCAUCCUCACAGGUCUGCUGCCACCGACAGCAGGGACUGUGCUCAUCGGGGGAAAGGACAUUGAAACCAACCUGGAUGAAGUCCGGCAGAGUCUUGGCAUGUGUCCUCAACACAACGUCCUGUUCCACCACCUCACGGUGGCCGAGCACAUCCUGUUCUACACCCAGCUGAAAGGGAAGUCCUGGGAGGAGGCCCAGCUGGAGAUGGAGAGUAUGUUAGAGGACUCAGGCCUCCACCACAAGAGGAAUGAAGAAGCCCAGGACCUCUCAGGUGGGAUGCAGAGGAAGCUGUCUGUGGCCCUGGCCUUCGCGGGAGAUUGCAAGGUGGUCGUUCUGGAUGAGCCCACCUCUGGGGUGGACCCCUACUCCAGGCGCUCCAUCUGGGACCUGCUGCUGAAAUAUCGCUCAGGCAGAACCAUCAUCAUGUCCACUCACCACAUGGAUGAGGCUGACCUGCUCGGGGACCGCAUUGCCAUCAUCUCCCAGGGAAGGCUCUACUGCUCGGGCACCCCGCUCUUCCUGAAGAACUGCUUUGGCACCGGCUUCUACUUGACCUUGGUUCGAAAAAUGAAAAAUAUUCAGAGCCACAGAUGCGGCUGUGAGGGGACCUGCAGUUGUGCGUCCAAGGGUUUCUCCUUCAGGUGUCCAACCCAAGUCAAUGAGAUUUCUGCAGAGCAAGUCUUGGAUGGGGAUGUGAGUGAGCUGAUGGACGUGGUUUGCCACCAUGUUCCAGAGGCAAAGCUGGUGGAAUGCAUCGGUCAGGAACUCAUCUUCCUUCUGCCCAACAAGAAUUUCAAGCAGAGAGCCUACGCCAGCCUUUUCAGAGAGCUGGAAGAGACGCUGGCUGACCUGGGGCUCAGCAGUUUUGGAAUUUCUGACACUCCCCUGGAAGAGAUUUUCCUGAAGGUCACCGAGGACUCUGAUUCGGGAUCUCUGUUUGCUGGUGGCACUCAGCAGAAAAUGGAGCCCGUCAGCCUAGGACACCCCUGUUUGGGUCCCAGCAAGAAGGUGGGGCAGCCGGCCCAGGGCUCCCGGGAGCAGGCCACUCCCCCCGAGGGCCACCCUUCCCUGGAACCCAAGGAGCCCGGCUCCCCCCUCAACACCGGGGUGCGGCUAGUCCUACAGCACGUGCAGGCGCUGCUGGUCAAGCGGUUCCACCACGCCGUCCGCAGCCACAAGGACUUCCUGGCCCAGAUCGUGCUCCCGGCCACCUUCGUGUUUCUGGCACUGAUGCUGUCGCUCCUCGUGCCUCCUUUUGGUGAAUAUCCUGCUUUGACCCUUCACCCCUGGAUGUACGGGCAGCAGUACACCUUCUUCAGCAUGGACAAGCCGGGCAGUGAGCACCUCGCGGUGCUGGCAGACGUCCUCCUGAACAGGCCUGGCUUUGGUAACCGCUGCCUGAAGGAUGAGUGGCUCCCGGAGUACCCCUGUGGCAAUUCAACCCCCUGGAAGACUCCCUCUGUGUCCCCAAACAUCACCCACCUGUUGCAGAAGCAGAAGUGGACGCCAGCCAACCCCUCACCGUCCUGCAGGUGCAGCACCAGAGAGAAACUCAUCAUGCUGCCUGGGUGCCCGGAGGGUGCCGGGGGGCUCCCGCCACCACAGAGAACGCAGAACAGCUCUGACAUCCUGCAGGACCUGACCAACAGGAACCUUUCCGACUACCUGGUAAAAACGUACCCUGCUCUCAUACGAAGCAGCUUGAAGAGCAAAUUCUGGGUCAAUGAACAGAGGUAUGGGGGUAUCUCCAUCGGAGGAACGCUCCCGGCUCCCCCCUUCACCGGGGAGGCACUUGUUGGCUUUUUAAGCGACCUUGGCUGGAUAAUGAACUUGAGCGGGGGCCCUAACACCAGAGAGGCCUCCCAAGAAAUGUCUCAUUUCCUCCAUGAUCUCGAAACUGAAGACAACAUUAAGGUGUGGUUUAACAACAAGGGCUGGCAUGCCCUGGUCAGCUUUCUGAAUGUGGCCCACAAUGCUAUCCUACGGGCCAAUGUGCCCAAGGACAGAAACCCUGAGGAGUACGGCAUCACAGUCAUCAGCCAGCCCCUGAACCUGACCAAGGAGCAGCUGUCUGAGAUCACAGUGCUGACCACUUCAGUGGAUGCCGUGGUUGCCAUUUGCGUCAUUUUUGCCAUGUCCUUUGUCCCAGCCAGCUUUGUCCUCUACUUGAUCCAGGAGCGGGUGAGCAAGGCAAAGCAUCUGCAGUUCAUCAGUGGGGUGAGCCCCACCACCUACUGGCUGACCAACUUCCUCUGGGACAUUAUGAAUUACGCCGUGAGCGCGGGGCUGGUGGUGGGCAUCUUCAUCGGGUUUCAGAAGAAAGCCUACACUUCUCCACAGAACCUUCCCGCUCUCGUCGCUCUGCUAAUGCUGUAUGGAUGGGCAGUCAUUCCCAUGAUGUACCCAGCGUCCUUCCUGUUUGAUGUCCCCAGCACAGCCUAUGUGGCUUUGUCGUGUGCAAAUCUGUUCACGGGCAUCAACAGCAGUGCCAUCACCUUCAUCCUGGACUUGUUCGAGAACAACCAGACUCUGCUCAGGUUCAACGCCGGGCUGAGGAAGCUGCUGGUUAUCUUUCCCCACUUCUGCCUGGGCCGGGGCCUCAUUGACCUGGCGCUGAGCCAGGCUGUGACAGACGUCUAUGCCCGGUUUGGAGAGGAGCACUCCUCAAAUCCAUUCCAGUGGGACCUGAUUGGGAAGAACCUGGUUGCCAUGGCAGUGGAAGGGGUUCUGUACUUCCUCCUGACGCUCUUCAUCCAGCACCACUUCUUCCUCACCCGAUGGAUUGCCGAGCCUGCCAAGGAGCCUAUUGUGGAUGAAGAUGAUGACGUGGCUGAAGAAAGACAAAGAAUUAUGAGUGGGGGGAGCAAAACUGACAUCUUAAGGCUAAAUGAACUCACCAAGGUAUAUUCGGGCUCUUCCAGCCCAGCGGUGGACAGGUUGUGCAUUGGGGUCCACCCUGGAGAGUGCUUUGGCCUCCUGGGAGUGAAUGGUGCUGGCAAAACAACCACGUUCAAAAUGCUCACUGGGGACACCACCGUGACCUCAGGGGAUGCCACCAUAGCAGGCAAAAGCAUCCCGACCAAUAUGUCUGAGGUGCAUCAGAGCAUGGGUUACUGUCCCCAGUCUGAUGCAAUCGAUGACUUGCUCACGGGACGAGAGCACCUUUACCUGUACGCCCGGCUCCGGGGUGUGCCAGCAGAGGAAAUCGAGAAGGUUGCAAACUGGAGUAUUCAGAGCCUGGGGCUGUCUGUCUACGCGGACCGCCUGGCGGGCACUUACAGCGGGGGCAACAAACGCAAACUGUCCACAGCCAUUGCACUCAUCGGCUGCCCGCCACUGGUGCUGCUGGAUGAACCCACCACAGGGAUGGACCCCCAGGCACGCCGUAUGCUUUGGAACACCAUCGUGAGCAUCAUCAGAGAGGGGAGAGCUGUGGUCCUCACCUCCCACAGCAUGGAAGAGUGCGAGGCCCUGUGUACACGGGUGGCCAUCUUGGUGAAGGGCACCUUUCAGUGUCUGGGCACCAUUCAGCACCUCAAGUACAAGUUUGGAGAUGGCUACAUUGUCACAAUGAAGAUCAAAUCCCCCAGGGAGGACCUGCCUCCCGACCUGAAUCCUGUGGAGCAGUUCUUCCAGGGCAACUUCCCCGGCAGUGUGCAGAGGGAGAGGCACUACAACAUGGUGCAGUACCAGGUCGCCUCCUCCUCCCUGGCCAGGGUCUUCCAGCUGCUCAUCUCCCACAAGGACAGCCUGCUCAUUGAGGAGUACUCUGUCACUCAGACCACGCUGGACCAGGUGUUUGUGAACUUUGCUAAGCAGCAGACUGAGACGUUCGACCUCCCCCUGCACCCAAGGGCGGCGGGCACCAACCAGCAAGCUAAGGUACUGUGA